AUGUCGCGCGCGUCAGCGGGCUUUGCCGACUUCUUCCCCAAUGCGCCUUCGGUCCUGAAGUCAAAACGCAAGGAACCCUCCUCCGACCACCACCUCACGCGUGCACCGUUGCGCACGGAGUCGCCUUCGCGCUCGGGCAAAGGCGUUGAAAACGCCGCAACUGCCGGCCCGCGCAGGAACAACGACGCGAGUGCCGAAGCGCUCGAGCAGCAACACCAGCCGGAAGAGGAUGACGGUGCGCACCGAGCUGACUCUGGCGACCUUUUGACUGGCGUUGGCUCGGCGAGUUCACUUUCCAGCACAGCUUCCUCAGUCUUCAGCAGCUCCAACAGCAGCCGCCAAACCAUGUCCUAUCCUGGGCCCAACACCGCCAUCCACGCCCUUACCCCUCUCACAAACACCGAGUCGUCGCCACCAGACAAGGCGACCAGUCCCAGACCGUCGAAGAGCGACCACAUGUCUCUGACAAACACCGCCAUUUACGUCGCGCCGCCGCCUGGUGCCUCGCAGAAUGUUGCGCCCGCCGAAGCGAUCACACCUGCUACGACGCCGCCCCAGACUCGCAGACAAGCCCGCCCAGGCCCCGGCGAAGAAAAAGGCUUCACCCUUGUCUACGACCCCGCGCUAGAUCCCAAGGUCCCGUCCAACGAGAGACACAAGCGCAAGCCGACACCCAGAAGCAUACCCCGUGAUGAUAUCGCGGCGCCACCAGAUCCUCGUCUGGCAAUAGCCGGGUACACGACCGGAGCCCACAAUGCGGCAAGAGGGUUGAACAAAGCCAGGCUACGGCCUGCGCCGUACACCGUCAAGCCGUAUGCUCCCGACAAGAACACCAUUGGCCCACAGCCAGCGACAAGAAUCCUCGUGACUGGAUUGGAUCCUUUUACCCCAGAAAUGCAGAUCAAGACUUUCUUCUCCAGUUUCGGAAGCAUCACGGAGUUCGACAACAAAAUCGAUCCGGCAACGGGAAGUUUCCUUGGAAUCUGCUCCAUCCGGUAUGGUGAUAGCAAGCCUACGCGGCAGGACAAAUAUCCAAUGACGGCCGCUGCAGCUGCUAAGUUGGCAGAGAAGGAGGGUAAUGGCAACCGAAUCCAGCUUCGCCAAGUUAAAGUGGAGCUUGACCGGGAAGGCCGCAGAGCAGCGCGCUGUGUCGAUGAGGCUGUGAAGAAGAACAGGGUGCGGCAGCAGAAAGAGGAAGCUGCGUCAAUCAGAAAGACUGCGGAUUCCACGCCUGUGAUACCUCUCUCGGAACCGCCGCCCGACGCGCCAAAAGGACCCUCGGGUAAAGGUGCAAUGGGUCUCAGACCGCACGUCGCCGCUCGACCGAUUCGCCCCGAGCACGCGCUUGUCGAAAACGAACCGAUCAUCGACAAGAUCAAGCGCAAGCCGUAUAUUUUCAUCGCACAUUGCUACGUUCCCGUACUCGGCACAACAAUCCCGCAUUUGAAGAAGCGCCUGAAACUAUACCAAUGGCAAGAAGUGCGGUUGGACCGCACGGGUUAUUACAUCAUAUUCGAGGAUUCAAAACGUGGCGAGGAUGAGUGUGAGCGCUGCUUCCAGGAGUGCAACAUGCAGGCGCUCUUCACCUACGUCAUGAACAUGGAAUGCGAGAAGUAUGGAAACCCCAAUUAUGUCAGGAGCCCUAGUCCGGAGCGGGUGCUUGCGGAAAAAAAGAAAAAGGAAAUCGAAGAAGAGAUUCAAAGAGAAGAGGAGCAGGAUCUUGAGGAAGAGAAGAAGGAACGCGCAGAGAACCUGGAUCCGGUCACGGCUGCUAAGGAAAGACUAUACACGGAGCUGUUGGAGCAAAUAAUGAGCGACAUCAAGACCCGAGUCGCCGCCCCGGCAAUCUACGAUUAUUUGGACCCGGCCCGGCAUGUGGCAAGGAGAAAAGAGUUGGGCGUGCGGGACCCGACUCUCGUAGAAGCAAAGACCCCGACUGUUCUCUUCAGCUCAGCAGAGCCCGUGCCCCUUUACAAGUCAAAGUUUGGCAAGGGAAACAAAAAUCUUAGGAAAUCUCUGGCUGCGAGCCUCUCUCAUAACCAGAGGAGAGGCAAGGGCGGUCACCAUCAAGAAGUUAAUGCAUUUGCGGACGAGAGACGCAGGAAGCCACCGCCGAAGAAGCUCAAUGCAUUCAGAAACCUUCAUCGGCAGAUGCAGAGCUUCGACGACGAGGAUUCGGAUGAUGAACAGAGCACCUUGACAAGGGAUACUGAAGAGCAGGAGAGCAGGUCCAUCAGUCGCAUGUCCUCAGCAGCGCCCGAGGAAGAGGACGAGAUCAUACAGAUCCGGCCGUCCAAACGCAGGAAACUCGAGCCGGGUUGGGGUGAUGCCGAUACUCAGGAUGCCCAGGCGCGCCGCCUAUUCCCUCAUCUUAUCAACAAGGACCCCACGGACAUGGCAGACGGUGAGCUCGAUCAAGUGGUUCAUGCCUUCCCGCAUACUUCAGACCUUUACAAGAGGGCCAGGAGCGAGUUGAAGUUCCGCAAGAUCCAAAGAGAUGCAGCAAUAGUAUUUGGUGGAGAAGACGAAGAUGAAGAUUCAAGAGCUGGCAGCGUCCAACCGCCCACGGAGGCGGCUACACCUAUCGAGACCGUGGAAGAGAUGCAAGUUGAGACACCGGAGCCGGAAGUCCCGAUCAAGACAGAAAAGAAGAAGCCGACUAAGGCCAAGAAAAAGUCUGCUUCAAAGAAGCAAGCCCUUUUGGAUGAAAAGCUGGAGCCAUCGCCCCUCAAAUCUGAGGUUGAAGAGACCCCGCCUAUCGAACCUGUGCCAGUGGAGGAAGUUCCCAAGGUCGCGGAUAUUCUCCCAGAAAACCUCAUCACUGAAGAUCCCAUCUGGGGAUUCUCCGUCGACGAACCCCGUUCGACGAUUGAGGAGAAGCUGGAUUAUGUCAUGGACAUCGAUGGCUGGCAGUUCACCGUCAAAGACGCUGAAGACCUUCGUUAUCUUUGUGCAGCGCUUGAGAACGUGCGGCCGACGAACUUGGGCGACCCCAACCUCUUCGCAUACAAAGAGAAGCACGUCAAGAAGCUCAACACCGGCCUCGAGGGCGUUGCAUACAAGGAAGUCAAGAUCGAGGACUACUACAAACCCAACCCGACAGGCUGUGCCAGAACGGAAGGCGUCAAAAAGAUCUUGGAGAAGGAGAAGUCCAAGUACCUACCACACCGUAUCAGAGUCCAGAAGGCUCGUGAGGAACGUGAGGCUUUGGCCAAGCUCAACCCGAACGCCCUGGCGGCGCAAGCAGCCAAGCCGGCUGUUACGGCGCCGAAGACUUCCACAACGACGUCGCGCUCGAACCGUGCCAACAACCGCCGUCUUGUCAAUGAGAUAAGUACCCAGAAGCAGGCUCUUGCUGCUGACGGCGGCGACAAUAUUGCGAUCCGUUUCAACCAACUGAAGAAGCGCAAGAAGCUCGUCAAGUUCGACCGCUCGGCGAUCCACAACUGGGGUCUCUAUGCCCAAGAGGACAUUUCUGCCAACGACAUGAUUAUUGAAUACGUUGGCGAGAAGGUCCGCCAGAAGGUGGCAGACAUCCGUGAAAUCAAGUACGACAAACAGGGAGUGGGAAGCAGUUACCUUUUCCGUAUCGACGAAGACAGCGUUGUGGAUGCCACGAAGAAGGGUGGCAUUGCACGUUUCAUCAACCACAGCUGCACGCCAAACUGCACAGCGAAGAUCAUCAGGGUCGACGGCACAAAGCGCAUUGUCAUCUACGCGCUCAGGGACAUCAAGACAAACGAGGAACUUACGUACGACUACAAGUUCGAGCGCGAGCUCGGCAGCGAUGACCGUAUCCCGUGUCUCUGCGGAUCGGUGAACUGCAAGGGCUUCCUCAACUAG